UCCUCUCUCUUUUGCCUUCACUAUCCAUCCCUCCUCCGCUUCUUCCUCCUCAGCCUCUCAUCCAAUUUUUCCAUUCCCAGAAAUCGAGCGAGGAAGCUAAGCUAAACCAAUCGAAGGCCACGGCCAUGGCUGCCGCUCCAGCCACCACGUCACUGCUGAGCGCGCUGCUGCAGCUUCCCCUGGCCCCGUUCUCCGGGAGGAGGUCGCCGCCGCCGCCGUCGGUGGUCCACGUGGCGCCCCCGCGCUCGCCGACGGCGGCGGUCGCGGCGACCAAGGGGUACAAUGUGCAGAUCGUGGUGGACGAGAACGAGGGGGAGGAGUCCAUCUUCCGGCGGUUCCGGCGGGAGGUGAUGAGGGCCGGCGUGCUCCAGGAGAUCAAGCGCCGCCGCCGCUACGAGAGCAAGAAGGACGAGCGCAAGCGCAAGGCCCGCGAGGCCGGCCGCCGCAACCGCCGCAGGCGUAUGAUGGAGGAGCCUAGGUUCCCAGAAGACGAUGCUGAUUCAGAGGCCGCGAGGAGGGCUCGUGACGAUGAAAAGGAUAACUGGGAGAUUGACGGAAUUCUGUGAGUGAAACAAUGGAGUUCAUAGCCAUUCAGAUGCAAAGUUUCCAUGUUUUGAGUUAUUGUUUUUUUGGUCCGCAAAGCACAAACUAUAUGAGUUGUCGGCCUUAAUUUCCUCUUCAAUUGUACGGUUUGAAUGUACUAAAUCUUAGCUAAUGCAGCAUCCUUUUUUUUUUUUACCUCUGUACCUUUUCCAGUUUGUUUGCAAUACAUUUUGCAAAUAUGAGCCUAUAAUUAUAAAAGAGUAAAUA